AUGAAGAUUACUGUUGUCUCCCCUCUUCUGGUUGCCGGCGCCAUCGCCUUCCCCAUCAUCGAGCGAGACAGCUCUAUCCAGAUCAGUGACUUCUGGGCCAGAGCAAGCGCCGGCUCCUCUGCUACAAUGCAUUUCAGCCUGACUGAUCCAAACUACCCCGACGACACCCCAACCGACUGCAACCUGAUUUGGUCAUACGGAUCUUCGCCAAAGGAAAAUGCCCGAUGCAACAACAGUCAAUAUUACAUACACUUCCCCGAUGGUGCCGUUGACUUCAAUCUGUUUACACUGGGACUUGAGAGGGUCUCAGGCCCGAUUGCUGAGAACGGUCAUGUCUUACUGAGAUCCGGUACGCAGUGGUCGUGUGUGGACAAUCCGGAGAGCGGCGUUGAGCUAAGCUGCUCUUAUGAUGGUGUCCUUGGUAUGUCUGUGUGA